CCUAGUCCUGACCCUCUCCUGCUUUCAUAGUACCACACUACCACAGUACCCUUCCCCUCCGUUUCUCAUUUGCUUGCUCUGUGCUGAACAUAUACCGAAAAUGAAAAUGAAAAUCCGCUUGACCCCUGUUUUUGAACCCCUCUUUUGAUCUCGCCCAUGUUAAUGGUUUCUCUAAUCCCCCACUUCUCCCCGGAUUCUCAUCCAGCAAGAAAAUAUCCAUUGUAAUACAAGUGAAAGUAUAGCAAAAGAGCAACCAAUAAUCUCACCAAAACCAAACAAACCGCAACAGCAAAAUCCAAAAUCAUAAUACCAAUCCAAUCUUCUAUGUACCCCCGUCCGAAAAUCGAACUGAAAAAUCGCUCUGAAAUUCGAAAAUCGAAAACUGAAAACUCGAAAUGAUUUAAAUGAAACUAAAAUAUUGCUGCCCACCAAACCGACCGACAACCAGGAUUCAAACCGCCGCCGACAUGCGCUAUCUCCACGAUCUGAACGUCCAGAUAUCGCAGAACCGCCGCUCCCACUCCGUCUCCAAGCAGAUGGACAGGGAUCUGUGCAACCAGCACUUCGACACCUUCGAAACCUUCUGGGGAAGACCAGGACACGGAGCGCGGGGCGACAAGAUCAACAAGCUGAAACUGGACAACCUGCUCUACGGCGCCAGCGAGUCGGCCUAAGUUAGGGAUGCCUGGCUGGUCAAGGAUGCCCGAGGAUAUGCCACCCUCACCAGUGCACUGGCUCGUAGUUUGUGUGCUCCACGACAUCUGCUCAGAAAUCAAUCGACGCCAAGGUCCGAAAAGAAAUGAGAAAAUAUUACAAGUGUUGAUACGGAUAUUUCUGCAAUUAAAACAUUUUACAUGUAUUUCCAGAAAUAUUAAUAUCAACUUGAUAUUACUUUCACUGUCUCUGCGUAAAUUUUGCCAACUUGCUUCUAGUAAGUUGACCAAAGUUUUAAAUAGGUCACGGGUACCAAAAUCAUGGAAGAAUAAAUUAAUACCAGUUAAAGUUAAUCACUUUGCUAGCAAAAUUUAGUUAGUUUUAUAAAUACCAAACAUUAAGUAAGUGAGAACGAUCUUGUAUGAACCCCUUAAAUUUUUUAUU